UGGCGAGCAAGAAGCCUAUGACGUCACAUACAUGCGACAUCAACAAUAACGCAUUUUCAAGACAACAUGGCAGAGCCUGAAGUGAAGAAGGUGAUCAAGCUGGUCCCGGAGAACCUCCUGAAGAAGAGGAAGGCCUAUCUGGCCAUCAAAGCCACGCAGGCCAAGCAGGCGCUGGAAUGCAAGAGAAAGAUACAAAAAUUCCAGCCUCUGAAGUUCAAGCGCUUGGAGGAGUUCCUGUACAAUCAGAAAAGGAAGCAAAGAGAUGAGACACGCAUAAGAAGAGCCAAAAACAGACCAGCGCCACCCAUGCCGCCUGCCAAGAACCGCCUGGCGUUCGUCGUUCGCAUCAGACAAAUCCAAGGCGUUAGUGUCAAGGUCAUGAAUGUCAUUCAGAUGUUUCGUCUGAGGAAAAUCUUUAGCGGCGCCUUCAUCAGGAUAAGCAAGGCUUCCAUGAACAUGCUGAAGGUCGUGGAGCCCUAUGUAGCUUGGGGGUACCCAAACUUAAAAUCAGUUCGUGAGCUGAUUCUGAAGAGAGGAAAGGCAAAGAUCAACAAGCAGAAGGUUCCUCUUACCGACAACACCAUCAUCGAGGAACACAUGGGGAAGUACGGGAUCAUCUGCCUGGAGGACUUGAUUCAUGAAAUCUACUCUGUCGGACCGCACUUCAGAGCCGCCAACAACUUCCUGUGGCCUUUUCAUUUGUCUGUGGCACGCCAUGCAGCCAGGGACAAAGCUGGCUUGCUACGUGACAUCGGGGCACCAGGCCCCCGUGGCGAGGACAUUAACAGAAUCAUCAGACAGCUCAACUGAUCAGGUGGAAAAGCGGGACGCAGCGGGACCGGCUGUCCUCUAUAGCCCUUAACACGGCUGAUGUUGCCUUCUGGUCUGAUGCUGCUGCUCACCACGGAUUGCAGUUAUGGUGUACAGAGACUCCUAUGGAAAAAAAAAAAACUAAACUUAUCCAGGGGACCCCCUCCUUGCAGAUUUUCUCUGAUCUGUUUCACGCAAAUGACGUGAGACCAGCUACACAGAUGGGAAGUGGAUUCUUUGGAUCUAAGUUCCUGUGGCUUGUAAGCUCAGCCUGGGUGUGUGGAGCA